CUCAAUCUUUCUCGGUUCAACAUGAUCAAGAUGGCGGAGGCAGUGGGGUGUGCGCUAGUGUAGGGUUUACCGGAUUGCACAGCUAUGAAACGAUUGUUAUUGUUUGCUGUGGUUUCCCUACCAAUUAUCAGCUGAGUCCAAAUGUGAUCAGAGCAUGUAUUCGCUGAGGAAAUGGUUGGUUUUGAUCCAGGUCGUAAAGAGAAGAAGAUAUCUUCAACCCAGUGUGGAGUAUGUGGCUCUGUGUCUGGGCUAGUAACUCGUUUGGUGGUUCAACCCUUCGAUGUCCUUAAAAUACGAUUUCAACUUCAGAUUGAACCUACAUCCAAGAAAAUAGCCACAGGUAAAUACUCAGGAAUAUGGCAAGCAUUCAAACUUAUUUACAAAGAAGAAGGAUUUACUUCGCUCUGGAAAGGUCAUGUACCUGCUCAAGUUCUAUCAGUGGUUUAUGGAUAUUUUCAGUUCACAGCUUUUGAAGCCAUUACAGAGGUUAUGUGGAGGGUAAAUCCUAGAUGUACAGAUCAAAAAUGGAAACCAGGGCUUGCUCCUACUCUAGUGCAGAUUUUCCCUCAUGCUGGGCUCCAGUUUGGCUUUUAUUCAUUUUUUAAGACCCUUUGGGAAAUUUCAUUUAGGAUUAAGAGACAAGAUCCUUACAAAGCAGCAGGGGUGGAUGAAAGUCUUGUUUGUGGAGCAAUAGCAGGAUUUUUUAGCAAAGGGGUUAUUUAUCCUCUAGAUAUGGUGAAGAAAAGGCUGCAGGUUCAAGGAUUUCAGGAUGCCAGGGAGAUAUUUGGAAGAGUUCAGAAAUAUAAUGGCAUGUUAGACUGCUUUAGAAUUAUCCUUAGAGAAGAGGGUGCUUUUGGCUUUUUCAAAGGACUGGCCCCAAGUACACUUAAGGCUGGUUUGUCUGUGGCAAUCAUUUUCUGUACAUAUGAACAAUGCAUCGUGCUUGUGAGAGAAUAUUUACAUGAUGACAAUACACCAGAAUUAACCAGAUGACAAGUAUUAAUAGUGACAAAAAUACUAGACUGAAUGCUCUCCUUCAAGAGAAACAUGAAUCGAAAUUUAGAUUAACUUGACAGUUUAAUUGCCUACCAACAUAAUAUUACACAGAGGCUGAAAUGCUUAUUUACUAUUUUGCAGAAUAUAUAUUAAAUGAUAUCAAUAUGAUAUCAAUACUGUUUAAAUCCAGUUUGGAUUCAGUUUUAGUAUACAUUUUAAAACUGGUUUUAUUUACUAUUGGAAAACUGAUUUAAUUACUGUCAGGAUCGUAUGCUUUGUAUGUAACAAUUUAUGUAAAGGUGGAAAGCAACUAAGAUAACAUUUUCAAUUUAUCUGCUAAGGAGAGGCCUUUGUUUGCUAUAUUUUUGUUAUCAGAAAAUCAUACCCUCUAAACAAUCGAAAGAAAAAAAAAACAGCAUAAUUGGUGAAUUUCAUUCUUUAUAAUAGAAUUGGAUUUUGGGGAAGAAAAAAGUUGCAAGAAUAAUAUAUAAACUAUACACCGAAUCGAAAUAUGGUGUCCAAUUUGAAUUGCCAUAAUGAUUGUUGUAGACUUACUAGCCUCUCACACAU